CCUCUUACCAUCUCUAAAACAUAUCCUCUACUUUGAAAAGAAAACUAUUCACUAUAGUAUACCCUUUUGCUUCUCUACAGUGAUCAUGGGUAAAUUUCAAUGUUUUUCUGUUUUUCUUGCACUAGUUGCAUGCCAUGAUUUCCUUCAGCUGACUCAUGCCAGGGAAAUAAAGCCACUGACCCAACAUUCCCCGCUCAACAAAGGCACCGUAGUGAAGGAGAAUAAUCUCAAUGAAGUUCCUAUAUCUAAACCAUCAUCAGAGAAGAAAGAAGACUCAAUUGUGACACCGAAGAAUGGUGUUGCGAGUUUUGGGAAUUCAGGUGCAGCCUACACAAAUGCUUUCCGACCCACAACACCAGGGAACAGUCCUGGUGUUGGUCACCGAAAAUUUGCACUAGAAGAUAAAGAUAUGAAAGCAACAACAAAGGUGGUAGUUGAAAGUUCUGAUGUUAAAGUUUAUGUUACUGAGGGGACAACGACAAACGGUUUCAAACCUACAAACCCAGGUCACAGUCCUGGUGUUGGUCAUGAUCACCAAAACUAAAUUGGGCAGCUAAAUUAGCUAGUCUCACAAACAAGAAAUUAUUAUUUAUUCCUUAUAUAAAAUAAUAUUCUUGAUAAGUUUCAUUCUAAGCAGCAGAGACUUUGUAAUAUUCUUGCAUGGCAUGCGUUUGGCUUUAAUUGACUGGUUAGGCCUUAGGGCCAGUAGGGACUUUAUGUGGAAGUGACCAAGUUGUUUUAAGGUUUUGUCGGUGUGUACCAUUAAAAAUGUUAGCAUUUGUGUAUUUGUAAUUGCUGGGUUUAUGUAAAGCAAGU